AUGCUUUCUCUGAGGGUGAAGAAUAUUCCUGCUGUGAGGAGACAGUUUAGUUCUCUAGCGAGGAGGCUGCAACAACAGACAGUGGGGCCCGAUAUCAAGGGUUCCUCUGUGAAAAACCCUUUCAAGACGGGUGACUACCAUGUGGUAGACCACGAGUACGACUGUGUUGUGGUUGGUGCCGGUGGGGCAGGGUUGAGGGCUGCCUUUGGGCUUGCAGAGGCAGGGUUCAAAACGGCUUGUAUAUCGAAAUUGUUUCCUACAAGAUCGCAUACGGUCGCUGCUCAAGGUGGUAUCAAUGCCGCUUUGGGGAAUAUGCAUCCUGAUAACUGGAAGUGGCACAUGUACGAUACAGUGAAGGGGUCAGACUGGCUUGGUGACCAGGAUUCUAUCCACUACAUGACCAAAGAGGCUCCAGAGGCAAUCAUCGAGCUGGAACACUUCGGUAUGCCCUUCUCAAGAAACGAGGAGGGGAGGAUCUACCAAAGAGCGUUUGGUGGACAGUCGAAGGAAUUCGGCAAAGGUGGACAAGCGUAUAGGACCUGUGCCGUUGCAGACAGAACAGGUCACGCCAUGUUGCACACUCUGUACGGACAAGCUCUAAAUCACGAUUGUAACUUCUUCAUCGAGUUCUUUGCACUGGAUUUGCUCACACACAACGGUGAGGUCGUCGGUGUCAUCGCUUAUAACCAAGAGGACGGUACUAUCCACAGAUUUAGAGCUCACAAGACCGUUAUCGCCACCGGGGGGUAUGGGAGAGCGUACUUCUCGUGUACUUCUGCUCAUACGUGUACCGGUGACGGUAACGCGAUGGUUUCGCGUGCUGGGUUCCCCCUACAGGACUUAGAAUUUAUCCAGUUCCACCCUUCAGGUAUCUACGGGUCCGGGUGUCUGAUCACGGAGGGUGCCCGUGGUGAAGGUGGGUUCUUGUUGAACUCGGAAGGUGAGAGAUUCAUGGAACGGUACGCACCAACGGCAAAGGAUCUUGCCAGUAGAGACGUCGUUUCGCGUGCUAUCACCAUGGAGAUCAGAGCCGGUAGAGGUGUAGGUAAGGAGAAGGACCACAUGUUCUUGCAAUUGUCCCACUUGCCACCAGCGGUCCUAAAGGAGAGACUGCCAGGUAUUUCAGAGACGGCAGCGAUCUUCUCAGGUGUCGACGUCACAAAGGAACCGAUCCCAAUUGUGCCAACGGUCCACUACAACAUGGGUGGUAUCCCUACAAAAUGGACCGGUGAAGCGUUGACCAUCGAUGAGGAGACCGGAGAGGAUAAAGUUAUUCCAGGGCUGAUGGCCUGCGGUGAAGCCGCAUGUGUGUCCGUCCACGGCGCUAACAGACUAGGUGCCAAUUCUUUAUUGGACUUGGUGGUGUUUGGUCGUGCAGUGGCACACACAGUAAGUGACUCGUUGCAACCGGGGCUACCACAUAAGCCUGUUCCAGCGGAUAUCGGUAAAGAAUCCAUCGCUAACUUGGACAAAAUCAGAAACGCAUCUGGAUCGAGAUCCACCGCGGAGAUCAGAAUGAAGAUGAAAAAGACCAUGCAGAAGGACGUCUCCGUCUUCAGAAUGCAGGAGACCUUGGAUGAGGGUGUGAGCAAUAUAACCGCCGUGUGCGACUCGUUUAAGGAUGUUGCGACCACGGAUAGAUCCAUGAUAUGGAACUCAGACCUCGUUGAGACCCUCGAGUUGCAGAACUUGCUAACCUGUGCGAAACAGACAGCAGUCUCCGCCGCCAACAGGAAGGAGUCCCGUGGUGCACACGCAAGAGAGGACUACCCGAAGAGAGACGACGAGAACUGGAUGAAGCACACACUGUCUUGGAACAAGGAUAUUUCAGACCCAGUGACUUUGAAGUACAGAAAUGUCAUCUACAAGACUUUGGACGAGAACGAGUGUCCAUCUGUGCCACCUGCCAUUAGAUCUUAUUAG